UGGGACAUUCUCCAGCAGAUAAUUUACAAUAGAUGCAGCAGAAGUAACCUUAGAGAUCUGUAAAGAUGCUGAAUUCAGCAGAAGGCAUCCUCCUUUGUGUUGUCACUAGUGAGGCUGUGCUCGGAGUUUUAGGGGACACAUAUAUUGCACUUUUUAACUGCAUGGACUAUGCUAAGAACAAGAAGCUCUCUAAGAUCGGUUUCAUUCUCAUUGGCUUGGCGAUUUCCAGAAUUGGUGUUGUAUGGAUAAUAAUUUUACAAGGGUAUAUACAAGUAUUUUUUCCACACAUGCUUACCUCUGGAAACAUAACUGAAUAUAUUACUUACAUAUGGGUAUUUCUCAAUCACUUAAGUGUCUGGUUUGUCACCAACCUCAACAUCCUCUACUUUCUAAAGAUAGCUAAUUUUUCCAACUCUGUAUUUCUCUGGCUGAAAAGGAGAGUCAAUGCAGUUUUUAUCUUUCUGUCAGGAUGCUUACUUACCUCAUGGUUACUAUGUUUUCCACAAAUGACAAAGAUACUUCAAAAUAGUAAAAUGCACCAGAGAAACACAUCUUGGGUCCACCAGCGGAAAAAUUACUUUCUUAUUAACCAAAGUGUGACCAAUCUGGGAAUCUUUUUCUUCAUUAUUGUAUCCCUGAUUACCUGCUUUCUGUUGAUUGUUUUCCUCUGGAGACAUGUCAGACAAAUGCAUUCAGAUGUUUCAGGAUUCAGAGACCACAGCACAAAAGUACAUGUGAAAGCUAUGAAAUUUCUAAUAUCUUUUAUGGUCUUCUUUAUUCUGCAUUUUGUAGGCCUUUCCAUAGAAGUGCUAUGCUUUAUUCUGCCACAAAAUAAACUGCUCUUUAUAACUGGUUUGACAGCCACAUGCCUCUAUCCCUGCGGUCACUCAAUCAUCGUAAUUUUAGGAAAUAAGCAGUUAAAGCAAGCCUCUUUGAAGGCACUGCAGCAACUAAAAUGCUGUGAGACAAAAGGAAAUUUCAGAGUCAAAUAAAUGGGUUUGCAAAUAAAUAGCUGCCUUGUUCUUCCACUGG